UGCUGCCGACGCAAACUGUUAAGCGCUCCUUCAUCAUGGCCGCUGUGAAAGAAAUUCCGGACGUAUCAGGCUUUCGGGCAGCAAUUAAAGAGAAUGUGGGGAAGUUGAGUGUAGUUCACUUCGCUGCAACAUGGGCUCCACAGUGUACCCAGAUGGACGAAGUUAUGGUGGAGUUGGCAAAGGAUCAACAAAAUUCAACAGUCAGCUUUAUCAAGGUGGAGGCAGAGGAUGUUCCUGAGAUCUCUGAGGAGUUUGAGAUUUCUGCUGUUCCAACAUUCAUUUUCAUCAGGAAUGGGAAAAAGGUAGACAGACUGGAUGGGGCGAAUGCGGCUGAGCUGACAAAGAAGGUUAAACUGCUUGGCUCACAGACUGGGGUUGAUGUGCCCCAAAUUCCAGACGCACCAAAAGAGGACCUGAAUGCUAAGCUGAAGAGAUUGAUCAAUGCUGAAGAUGUCAUGUUAUUCAUGAAGGGCAUUCCAGCUGAACCAAGAUGCGGAUUCAGUAAGCAGAUCAUACAGAUCUUGAAUGAAAACAAUGUCAAGUACGGCUCCUUCAACAUUCUAGCUGAUGAAGAAGUUAGACAAGGCCUGAAGACAUUCUCUAACUGGCCAACGUACCCGCAACUGUACAGCAAGGGGGAGUUACUUGGCGGACUAGAUAUCGUCAAGGAGCUGGCUGAGAGUGGCGAACUAAAGUUGCAGCUACCGCAGCAACAGUCACUUGAUGACAGGUUGAAGGGCCUCAUCAACCAAGCUCCAGUGAUGUUGUUUAUGAAGGGAGACCGGGCCGCACCUAGAUGUGGUUUCAGCAAACAGACCAUUGCCAUAUUGAAUGAAUCAGGUGUAGAGUACAGCACAUUUGACAUACUGGGAGAUGAUGAAGUACGCCAAGGCCUGAAGACUUUCUCCAACUGGCCCACAUAUCCCCAGUUGUAUGUGAAGGGGGAGCUGGUCGGGGGGCUGGAUAUUAUCAAGGAACUGCAAGAGUCAAAAGAAUUAGUGAACAUUCUGAAGAACGGACAAUGAGAUAUACAAGACAGAGCAUGUAAUUGUAUAUAACCAGUGUCAUAUCGGCAUUCGUGUUUGCUGGUGAGAACAAAAAUAUUAAAGGCUGCAUUCAAAAUAUCUGCUUAUUCAUAGAUAAACAUUUUUUUUCAAAUUCAUAUUUUAAAAUAAACUGUUUUCUUGCUCUUAAGAACUAAAGCGUUUCUUCAAAUUGUUAAAAAUAAUUGUAUUGUGGCCAUAUUUUUUAAGUCUGGUAUUAUUUCUUACUGUUAAUUUCUAUGAUGUUUUUUAAUUGUGAGAAGUGCUUAUAUUUAUAUAAAGGAUUAUAAAAAAGUAUUCCCAAUUUGAAAUGUCUUUCUGUGUUUUCUUCUAUUAAAAUUAAUCAAAAAGAAAAUAAGAAGUUUUUGAGAUGUCCAUAUGAAUUGUUUACGGGAAUAAAUGUUAAGUUUA